GUGGUCGGAUGUAUAGAGACGACUAGAACAUUCUUUUUAAUGAUGAUGAUGAUGAAGAUGGAGAGGGAAUGGGUUGGAGCUAAUGGAGAUGAAGAGAAGGCGAAGAAGAAAGGUUUAGGACUACAUGAGGAGCUAAGGACUGUUCCUUCAGGACCUGACCCGUUGCACCAUCAUGUGAACCCACCAAGACAGCCAAGAAACCAAUCCAAUCUCCCUUGACCUAAUCUUGUUCCUUUUACUUAUUUCAUGUUGUAAAUUACUUUCUGUUUUAUUGGUUUUAUCAUUUUGGGAGUUUUGUUUUUGUAACCAGUUUCGUUUGCUAAGCUCUUGUAGUUUCAUGAAAGUGAAUGUAAGAUAUGCACUAUUUUUGUUGCUCACGUCAAUGAAAUCAUCUUUAUCUC